AUGAGUGAGGGACAAAGUCCCGACAGCAAUGCACUGAAUACGCUUAUAGGCAUAUCUAUAUCGAUUUUCUUUUCUUUUACAUCAGCUUUGGGCACCUCUUUGCAGAGCAGAGGAUUGGCGGUGUUGAGGGAGGCCAAUGAAGAAGUGGUGAAUAUAGAUGAUGCUUCCUCAACAGAAGGAGAGAUAUCAGAAUCCGAUAACGAUCUGGAAGCAUCUGUUGAUCUCCCAGAAGAUUCAGCUGCUUCUCUCGUGGACUCCACGACUCCGACAUUGAAUUCAAUGGAACGGCGACCGGCAUCGACAAAUGAUACCCCACUUCUGUCGAACUAUAUGGCUAUGAACGUGUCUGGGAACGAUACGUCGCCUACGAGGAGACGGAAUUCUCUGUCCAUCUUACGAGGUCGAGCCGAUCUACCGAGAAUACCACUAGACACGUAUACAAGGAAUACGGCGCCCGUUCAACCCAAGCAGCUCGUUAAGGGUAUUCGAAGACAGAGACGUCGUGAGAACAUGUGGGAGUUGUACUAUGAGUAUGAGUGGUAUCUUGGAUUUGGUGCAUAUGUGUUCUCUCAGCUGUUUGGAUCAGUGUUUGCACUUGCGUUUAUAUCCCCAAUGUUACUCGCCCCGUUGGGCUCAGUGGGACUCAUUGCCAACAUCGUGUUCUCGCGGUGGCUGCUACGUACACCAAUAACCAGAUGGAAUAUUUUUGGAACUAUAUUAAUAGUAAUAGGUUGUGCUAUCGUAUCAGCUUUUGGAGCCCGAAACCCCAGCACUAGGUUAUCUAUGGACGAUCUCAUAUCAUUAUAUACAAGACCUGCAUUUGCAAUAUUUAUGUCCCUGGAAGUCGCAUUGGCUCUAGGUGUAUUUAUUGUAGUGGUAUACCUCGAGAGGUUUAGAUUGCCAGCCUCAUCUCUCUCGCCUUUGACUCCAUUGACACCUCCGGGCGAAACAUCGCCGCUGCUGUCACGUAAAAAUGGACGAUCCUCUGUGACUCUUAGACGAUUUUGGAAGCGGGUUAAAAUAAGUAGAGUUAUUGGAGCCUUGUACGCCGCUGUGGGUGGAACUGCUGCAUCUGAGACAUUAUUAAUUGGCAAGAGUGGUGUUGAUUCGAUCAUAUCAUCGCUGAUUCCGGCAAAGGCACAGCCUGAUGGGAGUUCACAUGUUGCAUUCUCGCUACUGCUGUUGCUCUUCUUUCUAUAUUCACUAAAUCGAGGCCUUCACUACUCACUACCGCUGGAAGUAGUCCCUGUCUUUUAUACCUUCUUUACUGCACUGGCACUAGCCAACCAAUCAGUCUUUUUGGGAGGAGCUUAUAAUGUAGCUGAAACGCUUCUCGUAUUGCUCGGAAUGACGAUAAUAAUAGGUGGCGUUUGGAUAUUGGGGUGGUCUGAUGCUCCAUCGCUUCCAAUGUCUCUAUCAAGUCCUACAACACCACGUCGCUCGCAUGAGUCGACUAGGAGGAGUCUGUUUGGUAGACGGCCACACGAAUCAGUAGAAGAUAAUGGGGACGCUGAUCGUUUAAUGAUUGAGGCAGAGCUUUUCCUGUCGCAGCCAGCUGGAAUCAAUCAUGAAGAUAAUCUGUAA